AAAUCAAAUUCACCGCUUUAACAGGCGUACUGAUGAUCAUCCCUGAGUCCUUUGACGGCAGUGCAUGAUUGUUGUCAAGGACUGAUUAUGUAUAGACUUGCAUGGUUUAGACAACGUAAGGAACUUGUUCAUCUUUCCUCCAAAGUUUACUCCCCUUUCUUUCAUCUUCUUUUCUUUCGACGCCUUCUCCAUGGCAAAUUCUAUGCGUCUCGUUCAGCGGGAAGGGCGCAGGAUCGCCCGUUUUCUGCAACGGCGCGAUUCUAGCGCUAGCGCUUCCUCCACAUCUCCCGUACCUUCACCCGCCAUCCCUGAGGGACCUGAGUCACUUUCCGCGACAACCACGCCUGUAGCCACUUCAAAUAGUCUCCCUGCUUCAAGCCAAACCCUUGCCAUCACACUUUCAAUCCUUGGGUUUAUCAUCCUCGGCAUCGCGUUUUGGCGUAUACGAGCGCGGAGAAGAAAAUCUACCAAGGACGCUGUUAAUGCUGCUGACGGGGGAGACGUAGAAAGACAGAAAGACAAAUGGCUCGCACCGUCUGCAACUGCUCCCCUGGCUCUUGACACUGUCGUCGCACCUGCUGGUGUUGGCUGGACACCCCAGUUUCGCUCGAUUAGCGGUCCUGAGCCUCAUUUCCUCUCCAUCGUCCCCCCAGCCCUACGCCCUUUCCGUGAGCGGAUAUCAGGUUAGAGGCCUCUGGACGAAAGAGAAGGGAGCACGAGAUUCAGAAGUCUGAGGUACUGCAACUUUUGCACAACCCUGACGACUCGGGAUAGAGGAUGCGUCUUAUGAUGCCAACUGCAGAAUCUGCAGGAUCCCACUACAGCCCAGUAGUUACAUUGGCGUUGCUUUGGUUCUACGCUUAAUGCGUAUUCCACUCCUUUUUACGUGACCCUUAAUUUAUGACG